AUCUCUGAAACAAACGCUUAUACUUCCGUGUCGAAAAUGGCUGAUUUCCUAUCACGUCUUCCGUAUACCCAAUGACAAAAAGAGAAAGGAACAAUGAUAUCAACCUCUCCUUUCCCCCAUCAAUAUCAAAAUCGAACCUUUGAAUUCUCCCAACCCCAGCACCACCACCCAUCAGUGACGUGUUGGCGCCCGCGCAGUGGAUCCUGCUCCGCCUCGCCUAACCACCGGGAUCCCCCGUCCCACGGCAUCCUCUCACCUCUGCUGCCCGACCCAAUCAUCGGGGCCAGGAAUCCUCUCCUUCGUGCAGGCACAGGCACCACGAGCCGGGGGGGUUCCAACUUCCAAGGCGUCCACGAAAUCCUGGCAUGUCGCGUUCGCGACGAGCAGGGGAGUCGGUCGUUGCGGAGCGUUUCGAAACACAUCAGAAUCGGUGCCGAGAAUAAAGGAGUUGUUGUAAAUAAUGCCGAGACGCUGGGCAGAUGUUGCUUGACUCGGUUGCUACUUUCUCUGGAUGUUUAUCAGAAUUCAGGGGGGAUAUGCGUCGCUUUUCUAACGCCGUGGCACGACGUUUCGAUGGUUUAGGCAUUGGGCGACGACUGCAAGUCUUCCGGCGAGCUGAUUGCGUUCUUCGCACCGAUUCCGCGUCGCCCUCCCAGGCUCCCACGAACACGUUCUUGCAUGCUCCCAUCCCGAUCAGAAGGUGACUCCGGACUCGAGCAUCUCCCCGUCCCGUCCUCCGCUCAACGGUGGGGGAGGACCCUCAAGCGCGUUCGCGUCGGUCACCAAAACAUGCGGUGGGUUUGGAUUUCACUCUUAUUGGAACUGGCAACUUUUGGACGGAGAAU